AUGGAGAUUUCUGCUGAGGAUGAUGGUCGCACCUCAUCACCGAGCUUUGAGUACAAGGCCGCUCACCAGGCGGUCAGGGAUCGCUGGAAAGAGACGGAUGACACCAUGUGUCGUCACAGCAUGUCCUUCCACCUGCACCACACGCUGAGGAGCGAGUUCUUUGCCAGCUACCUGUACCUGGUGGAGAAGAUUCCUCUGGUGAAACUGUUUCCGGUCACCUGUGAGUACAUCAAAGGAGAGAAACAGUUCUACUACAGAGCUCAGCAGUUCUACGAGGACGUCCCCGCCUCAGAGGAGGGCAUGAUGGGAGAUUACGUGGAGAUAUCCAACGUUGAUCUGGAGGGUUCCCGGGAGUUUCUGAAGAGGUUUGUGGGUCCUGGUAAAGCCGGCACACACUGUGCCCUGGACUGUGGCUCCGGGAUCGGCCGUGUCAGCAAAGGCGUCCUCCUUCCUGUCUUUGAGAAAAUGGAGUUAGCGGACAUGAUGGAGCACUUCCUGCUCCAUGCACACGAGGAGUACCUGGGCGACGACGCUGACCGCAUCGAGACCUACUACUGCUACAACCUGCAGGAUUUCACACCUCCGAAGAACAAGUACGACGUCAUCUGGAUGCAGUGGGUGGCUUGCCACCUCACAGACAAAGACCUGAUGAACUUCCUGUUUCGCUGUAAGAAGAGUCUGCGUCCGAAUGGCGUCAUCAUAAUAAAGGACAAUAUGGCGCGGCAGGGCUGCAAGCUGGACCCCAUCGACAGCAGCAUCAGCCGCCAUCUGGACAUCAUGAGGUGCAUCAUCGCCAAGGCCGGCCUGGAGAUCCUGGCUGUGGAGCGGCAGGACGGCUUCCCCGAGAUCAUCAUGCCCGUCUGGAUGAUCGCCAUGAAGUAGAAGUGACACUAUCACAGAGUCAGAGGGGAAAUCCAACCUAAAGCUGAAUUCACAUGUUGUCCCACUUCCCAAAUCUUCAUGAUGUCAUCAGGAGAUAAAUCCUGUGGGCGGCGUGAUGGCACCCGCGGUGAUUAUAUGGGGACAGAAAAUGAAAUAAAGGUUUAAAAUGGGCAUUAAACUUCUGCAGAAGCACCCGUACGUCCACAGCGUCGGACUGUAAUUUAUUGCAGGACGACCACCUCCAGCUUCUUCAUGCUGAUGACAGAUCGAGCCUCGGCUCUCUGGAGAUCAUUGGAAGAACAUGUGGAUUCAGAUUUACUGUUCGGUUUCUCCUCUCAGUGAAUGAUUUGUACGCGUUUUUGACUAAAUCCAGCAUGUUACAGCAACAACAAUAAUGUUCAUGUUAGGUUUGAUUCAAAGACUUUAUCGCCUUUUUAUUUUUCAGUGUGAUUAACAUGUGAUCUGUGUCUGGAUGCAACCUGCCACAGCCUGAAAACUGAGUCAGGGUUUCAUUUCACAUUAGCUGCUUCUAGCAGAACCUCAGUCCGCUGGGCUGAACCGGAACGUGGCAGACAGGAAGUGUGGAACACCGAUGCAGCGACGACCCGGCUGCCAGAAUGACAUAUUUGCUUUGCACGUUUCUGCAAAACCACAGUUGAAUUAUUAUGUUUCAUACAUACCAUCUCAGCAUUUCUACAGUAUGUGUCAUGGUACAUUCAGAUGAUAAUGAUGAGCAGACUGUCAUCCGGAGGAAGACGUGAGAUCAGUCUGACGCCACUUUAGGUAGUUUCAACUGUGUGUGCAGCGACAAAACCUGGCACUUUAUCUGAACUCUGACCACGUGGCUGUUGUGCCUAAACUUCAGAACCACCUGGUCACAACAUCUAAUUGAAAAGUGAAACUCAUAUCUGUGGUUUGCAGUAACGUACAAUGCCAACAUUUAUUUGGCAGAUCAGGUUGUGACCAGUGCACUUCUAAACUUUACUCCUCAGUGUUUUGUGACAUUUUCUUACGUAGCAGACGAGCUGCCGCUGCUGUUUCCUGCCCUCUUCAUAUCACGCUGUGGACACGCAGGAGACAGAAGCUCCAUGAAGCGCUGCCAGCUUCCUUUCGAUGCCCACAUUAACUAAUCUUGCCUGUUCAGACAGAGAGCACGGUGCACCAAUAUGCUGCAGCAAAUGUUCUGUUUUAUCUGCGUGCUGCGAGCAAAUCUGGGAAGAAAACCCUCCGAUAAUAUAACAGAAAUAGUGUUUUUUGUACGUAUUUGUUCUGCAGAGACAAGCAGCUACACACAGACACAUCCAGGUAAUUUUAACUUGAGGUCUCUGUAUGGGAAUGAUGGCCAGACUGGGACAAAUCCUCUUAAGGAAAUGGCCUCAGAUUGUUUUUUUUUUUUAACAUCAAACUUCCUCCAGAUGUGGUCUCCAGUCGCAGCGCGGCGUUUAUUUACAUCUGCAUCAACUCGACACUGAACAUUUCCCUGAUCCAGAUCCAGAUCACAUGUUAACACCAGGUGGAGACGCGUCUUAAUGUCACCUUCACAGCAUGAAGUCCUCUGCUCACUUUCUACUGCAGUAGAUAUCAUGUUCAAUCAGUUUCGGUUGGGUGUAAAUAUUAAUAUAGUUUUUAUGUAACGAUGUGUUUUAUACUUUUGCUUGUAACAUUGCAUUAAUAGAUGUAGUUUUUAUAUUGAUCUCUUCUGUGCAUUUCUUUCUGUGUAGAGCUUUUAACUUUAUAUUUCAGCUGAGGAGGUUUAGCUCAGGCAGCAUGUGGAUGAAGUUUAA